CUCUUUCCCCUUGGCCACAAUUGCUUGCUAUAGCUGUCCUAGACCCCCUUCCCGCCCCAUCGGUCCAUCUCCAUCGCUCUCUCCUUCUGCCUCGCCGGCCGGCCAUCUCCUUGGAUCUCGUCGCGGCACGGCAACGGCAAUGGUGGUCUCGUACACGCAGGAGCACGUGUACCUCCACCCCUGGCACCGGGUCACCGCGGCGGCGUGGCGCAAGUUCACCGACCCGGCGGCGCGCGCCGCGCCGCUCUCCCACAUCCUGGACGUGCAGACGCUGUCCCGGGACGUCGACCCGCGCGCCGGCCGGCUCCACGCCGUGCGUGCCAUCGCGGGCCGGCCCCCGCCGCUCCCGUUCCUCCUCCGCGGCCUCGCGGCCACCGCCGGCGCCGGCGGCGUGGUGCUCUGCGUGGAGCGCACCUCCGUGGACGCGGCCGCGCGCGCCAUGCGGGUGGUCUCCCGCAACGCCACCUUCCGGCGGCUGGUGGACGUGGAGGAGCGGUGCAGCUACGCGCCCCACCCGGAGCGGCCGGACGAGUGGACGGUGUUCACGCAGGAGACGAGCAUCCGGUGCGCGCCGCUGGCGGCCGUGUCGGCCACGGUGGCCGAGAUGGUGGAGCGGCGGUGCGCGGAGAGCUUCGCGCAGAACGCGGCCAAGGGGAAGGAGGUCAUCGAGAGGAUCUGCGACGGCCUCGCGCUCGCCGACCACGUCCCAGGAACCUCCCCGGCCGAGGGAGAAGAACAGUAGAAGCAGAGCACGCUCGCUCUCUGUUACUGAUGUAGUGAUGUGUAAAUACUGGCUGGGAGGCAAUAAGAAGUGAAAUUCUGUAAAUUUGCAAUAUCCGUUGAUCAAUUUUUUUAGAAGAACA